AUGCACUCGCAAGGGAAACCCUCAUACGAGGAGGACAGAAUUAACUCAGUGGACUCCGAAAUCAGUAAAGACGAUUGGAGAGCGUCUCUAUUCCUAUACCUUCAGGACGGAUCCCUACUAGAGGACAACAAGGAAGCUCUGAAAGUGAGAAGGAAAGCAGCAAGAUAUACGUUAAUGGGUCGAGAGCUGUACAGGCAAUCCCUAACACUGCCCUACCUUCGUUGUCUAAACAAUGAGGAAGGGAAAUACAUACUAAGGGAAAUCCACGAAGGAGUGUGCGGAAACCACCUUGCCAGCAGGGCCCUAGCCCACAAAGAGGUUGAACCUCUAGCCACCAUAAUAGAGCGGAACAUUACGCGCUUUGUGUGGACAUCAGUGGUUUGCCGUUUCGGAAUCCCUUGGGCAAUAGUUAUAAACCACGGGAGGCAGUUCGACAAGGAACGCUUCAAAAACUUCUAUUUGGACCUAUCUAUUAAGCUCGUCUUCGCAUCAGUGGCGCACCCCCAGAGCAAUGGACAUGUAGAGAACAUGAACCAGACAAUACUGCACGGAUUGAGGACGCGACUCAAAUCUAUGCAAGGUAGAUGGGCAGAGGAACUCCCUUCACUCAUAUGA